GAUGCUGUCCAACAACAGGAGACGCAGACAGAGCGAUGAGAAACCGCACAAGCUGGAGGGUCAGUCAUCACCUGCGGCGCCCACUCGUGCUAAAGGCUGCUCUGAGAUUCAGGAUGAUCACCGAGAUUCGUCGUCUAUCCAGAGUCCUCCAGUGAUCCCGGCGCCGCCGAGAAAAACCAGUCGCCGCUUGUGGCGCCGACAACUGGACAGCAGCAGUUCAGAAAACAGCCCGAUGACCGCUAAUCCAGUUAACAGACAGCGACCUGGGACAACAGACAAACCGAGUCACAACAGAAGGAUUUCGUUUUCUUUGGCUGAGUUCGAUUUCCCUGAUAUUAAUUCUAGUGCAAUCAAAGAAGCUUCUGCACCUGCACACAGAACCAUUAACGGCCACGAUUCAUCUGAUCUCAAACCGGACGUCCAAACCAAUGAGGAAUCAACAACUCACACUGAAACGAACGCAGAUGAACAUGAACAACAUCUGCAUGAAAAGCCUGACGCAACAACACCGGACUCUGAAGCAUCUUUGGUUUCACGGCUGAAGAUCUUUAAAGAAGAACUCAAACACUGUGAAGAUGCCACUGAGAUGAAACAGGAGCCAGUUCAGUUCAAGAAUCCUUCAUCCAUCAGAAGCACACAGUCUAAUGCAGACGCUCUUCAGAAACCAGACACGCCCAGACCGAAGUCAAGUGUGAAAUGGAAGAACGUUAUGAUGCAGAGAGCGCUGUGCUCUUUUACCUUCCCGUAUGAGAAUCAGGAUCCAACACACGAAUCCUGGUGCAGCUUUACGCUGGCGGACGAUUCAACACACGCAGGCCGAAGAGCUGACGUGACGCCUGAAUGUCCUGAGAAACCAGCUGAAGAUAACCUCAAGAACGGAGCUGCGAGAGAUGCUUUCAUACCACAGUAAAGCAACAGCUGAGUCUUCCUGCUGUCAGAUGCUGCUGAAUCCAGUGAAUUAAAAUAAAGACGAGAAGCAUCACAAGGGCUGAAUGUUGGAUAUA